AUGUCGGGGCUCGAGAUAUUCGGAGCCGUCGGUGUAGCCGCAAGUCUCAUCGAGCUGGCCAAGAAAUGCUCAGCUCGCUUGGAAAAAGGCCGCAGGACAUACCAUGACCUCGCCGCUCUACAGAGAAGAGUCGAUGUGCUCACUGAAACCAUUAACAGUGUUUCCGACGUCCUUGAGGAUAUCCGUAAACAGUACCAUGAACACGCCCCAACCACCGCCGAAACAGCUCUAUGGCAACACAUGGAAUCGGUCUUGAAGAUUUACCACAAAAACUUGGUCAAGCUCGAUAGCCGACUCGAGGAGAUACUUCAUAAGAGGUCUAAGGCCCUUACAGCCAUCCCAGCGGAUAUUACACGGCGGGCCGAAGACAUGAGGACGUACAUCCAGGCUUUGGACAGGCUCAAGCUGCUUUUCAUCCUCAUUUCUCAACGACAGUUGGCUGUGUCACAGAACUCCAUGCAUGCGGAUCUUCGUGGCAUGAGAGACUCUCAAGAGGACAAGAUCAAUGCCAUUCUUCAAAACAUCAAAGAAAUCAACGAUCGAUUCACGCAGCAACAGCAGGCACGUUUCGGUCACACAGCAUCUGUACCGUCGCAAGAGACUCUUAUCGACAGCGACGAUAAGCUCGAUACUCUCAGCACCCACUUGAACAGCAUAGUUAUAGAUGUUCAGGCUUCCUUUUCGAACCCUCAAAAGUACUCGGCUCGCUCUCUAGCCCAUGAACAUCUGCAAAGUGAGCCUUCGCCGACACACCCAGACCUCGACACAGAACAUUCUCCCGAUGGCUCGGUUCAAGACAUUACGCAUAUUGAGCCGCUCCAAGAGCUUGCUCAGCGUUUCAAAAUACAAGCUGAACUCGACCUUGAGCAUGAAAACUACAAAGACGCCCGAUGCUAUCAACUCGAGUCGAUCAAAUGCUUCAAGGAACUUCAUGACGUUUAUAACGUUCCUUUCGAAACAUACCAUGAGAUGCGGAUGAAGUUGAAAAAGAUCUACCAGGAGCUGGGUCGGUACGAAGAUGCAAGACAGGUUCUGGAAGAGAAUUAUUCGCGGAGAGCACCCCUCGCGUAUGAACCUGGCCUUGUCAGACAGAGCGUUGUAUUAGAGGGUGGGGAGGACAUGGUUCACGAAGCCGACUUCAGUCAUGAGAUGGCAGAGCUUCUACUGAAGCAAUUUGACGACAGUAAAAUCCCACCGGAUACAUCGUCAGACGGCCAAAAUGUCUAUUGGAACCGCCUCCGAGAAGCCGAGAAGCAUGCCAAACGUGCCUUCCGAAUCAGACGAGAGCUAUACGGCAUGCAUGAUGACAGUUGCAAGCAGACCGCAUCUCUUCUUUUCGGUGUCUAUAAUAGAUUCCGAGAUAAGUCUAUCUACGCUGAGACUUACAGGGAUCUAUACCUGUUGGACCACGGACACCGCCAAAAUCCAUUGCUCACAAUUCCUUCAACAAGCAACUCGUCUAUGUCUCGCUCCCUAGUUCCCAGCGUCCAUUCAAGUCUGGCCGAUGCCGUUCGAGACCACAACACUCAUUUCGACGAUGUGGUCGCUAUAAUGGGUAGAAUGAGCUUGAAAGAGCUGGAAGAAACUAGUGGCGGGAAAUCCGUGACAAUGCUCGCGAUGGACUGCAAGCAUUGCAAGCAAGGAGAGAGGUGCGGCCUCAUUGUCGACAAACUGCUUCGACUCGAGGUCAGCAGAGACGCGCUUCUCGUGUACGCCGUCAAGAAACAGAGGCUUGACUACUGUAGAUUGAUGCUAGACCAUGGCGCCAACAUUGAUUGGCUUGAUCCAAACCACUUCACGCCACUCAUGCAUGCCGUCAAGAUCGACAGCGCAGCGGUGGUAAACUUCUUGCUCGUUGAGCACGCGGACGUUAACGUCGUAGGUGAAAGGGGCCUGACGGCCCUGCACAUGGCAACGGGAACACGCAACGAACACAUUGUUCAACGUCUCCUCGAUGUUAAUGGUGUACACAUCGACGCGACGAAUGCUUCCGGUUUAACCGCUCUGCAUCACUGCGUCAAGCAAAACAACCUUGGUUGCGCCAAAAGACUUAUCCGUGCAGGAGCGGACUGGAACAUCAAGGAUAAGAGUGGGCCAGGGCGGACGCCGCUUUGGAUUGCGGUCAACGAAGACAAGUACACCUUCGUCAAGACGCUGUUGAAGUUGGGUGCCAGGAUCAACAUGGACGAUGUGCCGCGGUCUGCAUCGAGAGAUAUACGUAACCUGCUCGAGAAGUAUCAGGCUCGCGACCCGGGAUGA